AUGGCGACAAGUGCUGCGCACAAGAGAUUGACGAGAGAAUACGCCAACAUCCAGAAGUCACCUCCUCCGUUAAUUACGGCUCAUCCAAACGAAAGCAACAUUCUGGAAUGGCAUUACAUUCUGACUGGUGCUCCGGGCACACCGUAUGAGGGAGGUCAAUACUGGGGAACCCUGAUCUUCCCGUCAGACUAUCCUUUCGCACCGCCAUCUAUAAUGAUGCACACUCCUUCCGGCCGGUUCCAGACUUCUACGAGAUUGUGUCUAUCCAUCAGUGAUUUCCAUCCGAAGUCAUUCAACCCUGCGUGGUCUGUGUCGACCAUUCUAAUAGGGCUUAUGUCGUUCAUGAACGGUGAGGAGAUGACAGCUGGUAGUAUUGGUGGCACUGUACAGGAACGCAGAUUCUUGGCAGCAAGAUCGAGGUGGUGGAACUCAACUGGCGGUGGCACGGCCUCGAAACCUGUCCCAGGUGUCCAACGCAGUAUCAAGGGCAUCGGUAACGUGAAAGCGGGAGAUGGGGGCGCCAAGUUUAAAGCUGAAUUUCCCGAGGAGCACGAAGAGAAUGUCAGCUGGAUUCAUCGGCACCGCAUCGAUCCAGCUACCGGUCGGAUGCUCCCCGACGCUGAUGGGGAGGAACCGAUCAACUGCUCCCCGGAGACGAAAGCCCUGCGUCGGAUACUAGGCGGCAGUACGGGAGUCGGUGCCGUGGUCCAGGGCGGCCAGGCCGCGCGGAACGCUGGUCAGGGCUGGAUCUGGCGGCAGAAAUUGUGGAUCUUUGCUGGCUGUCUCGUCAUGUAUGUCAUGCUUGCAAGGAUAUUCGGCGAGGGAGAGGGCAUCUCAUGA